CUAACCUUUGGGGCCGCAAAUACCUAUAUAGCCCAUAUAAGGGUGUAUCCCCCGGGACUUCAGAGACAAGCCGUCGCUUGUCUCCGCCAAAAAUAACGUCUGCGAGAGAUUGAUUUCGGACAAGCGAUAGCCGCAAAUACGUCGGCGUUCGCGGGCUAGCGGAUCUGUUUUUCUUAUUCAGUCGUCCAGUCCAAAGUCCAUACUUCAGAUGAUGUGCAUGUGAACGAGGCUGCAGAAAACUGAAAAUUGUACUUUUCUGCGUGUUCGGCUGAAACCUUUGGCGGUUUUAUAUCAGCGAAACUGCAGAUAUCGUUUAUCAGCGUACGAGGGAGACCGCCAACAAUGAAUUUAUGAAUCUGUUUUGGUUUGAUUGUAUAGUUUAGGCGCGUUUUCUUAAAACAUGCCACCCUCUGCGGUUAGAUAUUGCAGCUGUCUGGAGAUUGAAAAUGAGAAAUAUGCUUACCUUCGGUGGCUAGAGGACAGAUUCCACCUGCAUGGAGGGCUUUGACGAAAAUCGGAGGCUUAGAAAGAGUGUUAAGCGUCGUGUUUAUUGAAUUUUGUUAAUUAAUAGCCGAGCCGGGUUUUCAAGAUGGCGGGCACGAAGCAAGCUUCCCACAACCUCAACUUAGGUGACUACGAUUCUCUUCCACUUCUUUUCAGUCACCUGAAACGAAUCCUUGCCGACAAUACAGGAUAUUUUGAAGAAUACACGUCCAAAGCAGUUUACAAGAAGUUUUAUGAUGGCUUUAAAUUGAUGCUAUCAACUAUAGAUUCUUUGGAAGAAGGUGCGAUUUUGCUAGCGAAGGCGGCACCACUGUACGAUUACAGCACUGACGCUAAAGGAAAUGGCUACAGGAGCUUGCUAAGACUCGUUGAACAAUGCAUUCGUUCCGUUACAGAACUGUCCGCUUAUUGCCAGACUCAUCGAGACAGAUUUUAUUUUCGAUCGCAUCACUAUAGCUUAGAAGUGGAGGCAUUUGCCAAUGUUUUCCAACGAACAACUCAGUUGCUACAAUUUGCGAAACUCGUGAUCGAGGAUAGCGUACCAGACAAUUUAUUUCCGGAGAGUUUUGACUCUAAAGUUAUGUUGGAAGUUGAACAGCUGGAUAGAGAGUGCUUUUAUGGAAGAACUUUAGGAUUUCAGUUCUCCACUGGCUUACGACAUUUCUUACAAGUUGUUUGUGUAGCUAUGGCCUCGUUUGCAGAAGGUUAUCGUCGACACAAAAUGAGCAGUGUGGCACUUGCCACAGUCUCUUUCCUGAACAGUGGGAAAUAUACUGUGAACCCCGAAAUGAGGGCCAAAAUGAUUGUGGAUGUCACUCAGAAGACUAAUAUGGAUUUUUGCAAAGCUUUCUGGAGUUUGACAGAAGGUUAUGGGAUCCAGCAUGUUCCACUGCUGGUUUGUUCGGCAAUGAAGGUGAACAGAGUAUUCCAUAUCCCUCCUGAUCCUUUUGAACUCGUCACAUUGAAAGGCGAGUCUGUGAGUAUUGCUCCCCCCUGUUCCUGGUCAGGUCUAGCCCCAGUCCAAGUGCGACUUCUCUCAUACGAGUGGAGGGAUGGACAGAGCAAAGAUGGCAAACAGAAUUCCACCCAUCAUGGCCGAUCACCAAAACCUAAAAGUGACGGCUUUUUACUUCACGUGCAUGGUGGAGGGUUUGUUGCACAGUCAUCAAAAUCACACGAGUUUAGAGUUGGCUCCAAGGAGACCAAGAACACAAGAAGCAGUAGUUAUUUAGAUGCUCAUUUGCAAUCGGGCCCGGAGAGUUUUCACAGCUGUUUUAGUUCACCACAGAGUCUCGAAUCCGCUUCUGUUAACCACGUAGCAAACUCGAGUAGCGAAGCAGCUGUUGGUUAUGAUUGUGCAAGGGGUUUGCCAGACUGUAAUGGAGUGGUGUAUCAUUCCUCAGAAACACACGUCGAACAUGCUGCUUCAGAUCAUGAAAAGGACUGCGAAAGUAGCAGCACUUUAUCGGGCCAUCCACAGUCGAGAAAACACUCACAAGACACUGUACCUAGUAGACCCACAAGCCCUCAGAGAGACCACAGAGAGACGGACCAUAUAGGAGUGCACUACCAUAAGGACAUCGAGGAGUGCCAUGUGGUGAACGUAGUGGAAUCAUCAGACAGCCCCUCUGGAGAGCUCCUUUUGUUCUCUCUUGAUGCACCUGAAGAUAGAGCGUAUCUGGAGGCGGGAACACCGCCAGAUGAGGACGAGGAAGUGGGGCUUGAUGACGAGUCGCAUUCAAGGACCACGUCUAUGUCCCAAGUUUGCCUUCCUAUUUCCAAGAACCCGUACAUGUCGCCACUGCUGGCUCCUGAUGAAAUGCUGAAACACUUGCCUCCAGUUGAUUUACUGGCCUGCACACUGGAUCCCAUAUUGGACGACUCGGUCGAGUUUGCCCGAAAGCUUCGCUCCCUGGAGAAGGACGUGGAACUGUACAUCUUAGAGGAUUUACCCCACGGGUUUUUGAGCUUCCAUCUUGUCAGUCAAGAGGCAAGGGAAGGGAACGACCUGUGUAUAGCCUGCUUGAAAAGAUCAUUGUCAGGAAAGCGCAAAAUAGGCCGAACAGAAAAGGCUCCUGUGUACUGAUCUGUCACGCAACACUUGCGGUAAAUUCGAGUAACGCCUGUCAAUUUUCACGUUCUAUCACAAGAUGAUUUGCGUGACAUCAUGACGAUUAACGGCUAAGAAAUUUGACUUGUUUAAUUUUUGUAUGUUGGAACCUCUCGCAGGCGAGGGUGAAUUUAGGCCGUGUUUUUACCUCAAACAAUUUUGCUGGAAUGGCCACAAUCCAUCUGCCAAGGCAAUAGUUUUUAGUCACAAGAAUUAAGAGGGAUUGAAUCACGGUUGAAACUUUUUUGAGUGGAAAUUGUGAAUUUUCGGGAACAUAAUUUCAAAAUCCUGUCAUUUCAGACAGAAAUACUUAUUUAAGGCAAAUGCUAAUAAAUGGGAUUAAGU